GUCGCAAGGCCGGCCCCGCGGGCAGCCUCUCCGCCUCCCCCGCCGUGGCUGAGCGGCAGGAGCGCUCUGCAGACCCCGCAGCUCCGGCCCCAUUCCCGCCGCUCGCCGAGGGCAGCCGCUGAGCGCUGCCGGUUCCCCAGCCGCGGAGGCCGCACCGUCCCCGGGCUGCGGCGCCGGGCGCUCCGCCGGAGCAGCGGGCGGGCUGGGCGGCGAGGGGCCGGGCCCUUCCUUCCCCGCGGCGGCCCCGGGAUGGCCUUGGUGCCGUACGAGGAGGGAGGCGGCUGGGGAGCGCGGCAGCUGCACAGCCCCUGGGUCACCCACCGCUUCGCCAGCCGCACCGUCCGGCUCCGGCAGGACUGGCGAGGGCUGGGGGUGGCGGCCGUGGUGUGGGACGCGGCUGUGGUCCUGUGUGCUUAUCUGGAGAUGGGAGUCAUUGAUCUCAGGGACCGGUCUGUGAUUGAGCUGGGAGCCGGAACUGGAUUGCUGGGAAUAGUGGCCACCUUAUUAGGUGCUCGUGUUACCAUCACAGACAGGGCGGCAGCACUGGAGUUCCUGGAGUCAAACGUCCAGGCUAACUUACCUCCCGAAAUACGUCCAAGAGCUGUGGUGAAGGAACUAACUUGGGGAAAAGACCUGGGCAACUUCUCUCCAGGAGCGUUUGACUUCAUCCUGGGCGCAGACAUCGUUUAUCUGGAAGAAACUUUUGCAGAACUGCUUCAGACGCUGGACUACCUGUGCUCAGAGCAAACCGUGAUUCUUCUUUCCUGUCGUAUCCGCUAUGAAAGGGAUCACAAAUUCUUGAAGAUGCUGAGAGGCCGUUUCUCUGUCUCUGAGGUCCACUAUGAUUCCAGCAAGGAUGUUCAUAUCUACAAAGCGCAGAGGGCUAGUCGCAAGGAUGACUUUUGACUCUGUGCUUUGUUGGUAAACCGCUGAUGCUGUUCAGUCCUCCCCUUGUUUCUACUCAAUACACUUGUUCCUAAGCAUAUAA